AUGUGCAAAGCGGGUUUCGCCGGAGACGAUGCUCCCAGAGCUGUUUUUCCGUCAAUCGUCGGCCGUCCACGUCACCAGGGAAUCAUGGUCGGGAUGGGACAGAAGGAUUCGUUUGUAGGAGCCGAAGCACAAAUGAAAAGGGGACGUUUCGAAUUGGCGCAAAUCGCUUGCUCCAGCGAUGACCCACGGACAACGGGUAAACUCAACUCUGAAAACGCUCGCGCAUUCGCACGAGCGUCGUGCAGAGCUAAGGGACCUGACUGA